GGCGCAGGAAUUUUUGACAUGAACGAAAAUAGCGACUUGGAAUUUAAAAUUGUAUCCUAUAAACGAAAACGACGUAGUCCUAAUAAGAAGGGCAUUCUUAAACCUAAUUCCUCUACGGAAUCAGAUAUUGAUUUAGAAGAAGCUGUUAGCGUGUUGAAAACAUGGUAUCAAAAAUCUGCACAAUAAGGCAAAUUAUUAGCGAACUAAGAUAUGCCUUGCCUGAAGGUAACUUGAAAAAUAAUCUCAUGCUGCAGUAUGUGAUAAGUCAGUUCAGAAAAUACAAAACUACAGAUGAGCAACUGUGUAAAGCUAGACAAGAAAUGGACUUCAUGGCAAAGACUUAUUUAUGCUACUUGAAGAGCACUAGAUUGAGUGACGAGAUACAUCAAGAAUAUCACGGAAAGGGUGAGAGAACCGUGGCAGAUACUGCUAACAUGGUUGGAUUUAAGUUGCCUCAUGAUCCUAAAUAGUUGUAAAAAUGUAUAACAUCAACAUUUAGAAGUUGUAUAGACAUGUAGAUACGUAAGAUUGUUAGAAAUUUAUUAUUUAAUAAUGUAGAAAAUAUAAACAAAAUCAUUA